GUGGGCGGCUCCUCCCCGCUGACCAAUGAGGAGGCGCGCUGGCGGCGGGGGGCGGGGCUUCGAGUCCCGUUCACAGAAAGUGCCACGACUCUGCAGCAGCAGCAGCAGCCGGACUCUGAGACUUCCUGCCAACUCUCUGAUCAGUCAUGGACGUCUCCGACCCACAGACGCUCGGCUUCAUGGUCUUCGGAGGCUUCAUGUUCAUCUCAGCGGUGGGCAUCGCCCUCGUCUCUACACUGUCCAUGAAGGAGACGUCGUACGAGGAGGCGCUGGCCAAACAGCGCCGCGGCCUCGUCCACACGCAGCCCCCAAGAGCGGACAAGAAGAAGAAGGACAAGAGUCUGGAGAAGAAGAACAAAGCCAAGAAGAAGGAGGACCGGCCCGAGGAGAAGGCUGCGGAGCCGGGCUGCGACGGGAGCGAGGAGCCAGAGGCUGCAGCCGGUACCGACCCAGAGUCCGACCCGGAACCUGCAGCUGAGCCCACCGCUGCACCUGAACCCAAACCGACGCCUGAACCGGAGCCCGUCGUGGUCACUGCUGUCGCCGCCGCCGUUGAGUCUCCUCCGGCUCCCUCGCCAAAGGAGAAGAAGAAGAAGAAGUUGGCCAAGGCGGAGCCGGCUGCUGCCGUGGAAACCAUCGCUAAGGAAGUCCUGGUCAUGGCAGUGGCACCGGUAGUGGAAGCUCCUCCGGUGAACGUCAUUUCCGAAAUCACCAAAGAACCAACUGCUACCAAAACCGAAGAACCCAAAGAGACGACGAGCAAGAAGAAGAAGAAGAACAAAGCGGAGCCAGCAGUCAACUCCACCGGUGUGCUGCCGCUGUACGGCGAGCUGCUGGCCGCUGUGUCCGCCAUGACGCUUAGCGACCACGAGAUCCACAAACUCAUCGAGGUCCUGAACCAGAAGGCCGGCGUCCGCCACGACUCCUGGCAGCUGGCCUGUCAGAAAGGAGACCCGCUGUCCACUCUGAAGAAGCAGCUGGAGGAGAAAGAAAAGCUGCUGACCAGCGAGCAGGAGGGCGCCGCCGUGGCCAAAACCCGCCUCCGAGAGCUCAGCAAGGAACUCGGUGCAGAGAAAUCCAAGCUGGCAUCUCUGGACACCCGUCUGAAGGCGGAGCUGAGUGCUCAGGUGCAGAAGGUCAACGCGGUACAGAUCCGGAUGGACACCGCAGAGCAGGAGCACCUGAAACAAACCCAGCAGCUCAACCAGAAGAUCGUGGGUCUGCAGGAGCAGCUGGAGAACGGACCGAACGCUCAGCUGGCCCGGCUGCAGCAGGAGAACUCCAUCCUGAGGGACGCCCUGAACCAGGCCACCAGCCUGGCCGAGAGCAGGCAGAACGCGGAGCUGGCCCGUCUCCGGCAGGACUGCGCCCGUCUGGGUCGGGAACUGGCGGAGCGAUCUGACGCUCUGCGGUCCGACGAGGAGCGGCGGAGGAGCCUGGAGGCCAAGACCGCCGCCGCCGAGCAGGAGCUGGCCCGCGCCCAGGCGCUGCGUGAGGACAGUGAGCGCGCUCUGCAGCAGCGUCUGGAGGAAGUGCGUCUGGAGCUGAACGCCUCGCAGCAGGAGGCCGCCGCUGCCGCAGAGCUGCAGGGGGUGCUGGCAUCCAGAGAGAGCGAGCUGCAGGAGCUGCGGGUGCAGCUGGAGAGCCAGGCGGCGCUGCAGGCGGAGCACUCGACAGAGGUGGAGCAGCUCUCCGACAGUGUGCGGCGCCGAGACGAGCAGGUCGUCUCUCUGGAGGCGGAGCUUGCGCGGCUGAGGGCGGAGCUUCAGCUGCUGACAUCAUCGCAGUCACAGAGGGAAACGGAAGACGAAACAGCUGAUCAGACACACAGAGACGGAUCGGGCAGUGAGACGGAGUUUGAAAGUCUGGAGAAGGACUCUCAGCUGCUGCGUCUUGAGGAAGAAGUGCAGCAACUGAGAGAGGAGCUGCAGCAAAGCACCGGCGGAGCAGCCGGGCGGCAGGAGGCGGAGCUUAAAUCUGCGCUGGCAGAGCUGGAGUCCAGGUCAGCGUCCCUGCGUUUGGACUUCCAGGCUGCGCUGCAGGUUCUGUUUCCUGGUGUCGCCGUGGAGACGGAGAAGAGCGACUGGCUGCAGCUGUUCACUCACAGAGUUCAGGAGGAGAGGUCUCACUCUGAGUCGCGGCUGAACGAACAAACUGAAGAGCAAACAGAUGAUCAGAACACCAAGGUGCUGCAGGACACGCAGGCGGAGCUCCAGGCUCUGCAGCAGUGCUACGAACAACAAGAAACCAUCUGGAAGAACAAACUGAGUGAAGCCGAACAGCAGAAACAAAUGGUCCUGGACCAGCUAAAGCUGCUGGAGGACAUCCAGUCCAAGAGGACGGAGACAGAAGAUAUUCAGCAGCUGAAAGAGCAGCUGAUGCUGCUGGAGGCUCAGCUGGAGAAGCAACUGGAGGAGGCGAGCUACAGCCAGAGCUGCGGCGAAGAGCUGGCUCAGGUGCAGGCUCAGGUGCAGCAGCUCUCUGUCAGGCUGCAGGUGGAGCAGCAGCAGCGCCACCAGCUGGAUGCAGAGCUGCAGAAGGCUCGACAGGAAGUGUUGGAGCUGCAGCAGCGGCUGGAGGCCGAGCCCAGAUCUGCGGUCCAGGAGGAGGUAGUCCAGGAAGAGGUGGUCCACGAGGAGGUGGUCCACGAGGAGGCAGUCCAGGAGGAGACAGUCCAGGUCCAGGAGGAGAUGGUUCAGGUCCAGGAGGAGAUGGUUCAGGUCCAGGAGGAGAUGGUUCAGGUCCAGGAGGAGACAGUUCAGGUCCAGGAGGAGAUGGUUCAGGUCCAGGAGGAGACAGUCCAGGUCCAGGAGGAGACAGUCCAGGAGGAGACAGUCCAGGAGGAGGCGGUCCAGGUGAAGGAGGAGACUCCGGUGUGAACAGACAGUAAAAGUUUGAAGCUGAUAAAAAGUGAAAUGUUUGAUGGAUUCAAAUAAAGGGAAAUGUCUCGUCCACUCUUUACUUUCUA